AUGCACUCGGCCGCGGACGAGCUCGCGACCGAUCUCGCGUCGCUCGCGACGACGACGACGACGACGACGACGACGACGUCCGACCCCGUGGACGACGGCGCGUGCGCCAUCUGCCUCGAGAUCAUCCCCCCCGCGGACGUCGCGCUCGUCAAGACGUGCCUGCACGCGUUCUGCGCGCCGUGCAUCGUCCGAUGGACGUCGUUUCAACUCGACAACGCGGCGAAGCGCCUGCGCUCGCCAUCGCGCAGCAGCGACCCGACGUGCCCGUGCUGUAAGGUGCCGUUCUCGUCGCUGCUGACGUACAGGACGCUGGACGGGCGGCUCACGGAGGAUCUGCGAGAGGAGAGCGCGUGUCUGCUGCGCCGCGCGCGGUGGCUCCCGUCGUGCGCGAAGACCGAGCAGUGGGAGCGCGACCAGGGCGCGACGACUAAUGCGACGACCGGCGGCGCGGGGUCGUACUACGAGGGGUUCUACGAGGAAGAUUUCGUGUACGACGAGGACUACCUCGACGACGAGGAGGAGUACAUGCACCGCGCGAGGGGUCGAGGGGGGAGCCGCGGGUGCAGAGGAGGAGGCGCGGCGGCGCCGGCGAUCGGCAACCGACGGUACGGACCGAACGGGUACAUCGCGCAGGGGCAGCGGAUGCUCGCGCGGCCGGUGCCCGCGGAGCCGGCGCGGACGAAGGGCGGGCGCGCGGGGAAGCGCGGUAAGGCGAAAGGCGGCGUCGGCGGAGAGGGCGCGUCGGCAGCGGCGUCGUCGCCGUCGCCGUCGCCGUCGCUGUCGCCGUCGACGUCGACCGCGAUCGACGUCCCCGGGACCCCCGCGACGCCGUCCACCGGCGACGUCGCGUCUUCCUCGCCGCUGUCGCCGUCGACGUCGACGUCGACGUCGACGCCCGGGAACGGCCGCGGGAAGAAGUCCGCGAAACGCGCGGAGGCGAAGGCGAAGAAGGAGGAGAAGGAAGCGCUGAGACGGUCGAGACGCGUGGAGAACGCGGCGGCGGCGGCGGCGGCGGCGAAAGCGAAGGCCAGCCUCAGCGGGAGCCUCAAGAGCCAGCUCCCGGACCUCCCGGACUUUGAGACCGAGAUCGAGGAAGCGCCGCCGUCGGACGCGGACGCGGACGAGAUCGAGCCCGGUCCGCCGCGACGCGAGUUCCCGGCUGUCGUCGACUCGGACGAAGAAGAAGACGUCUUUUCGAUGUGCGACGAAGACUGAGACCGCCGCCGCGCCGGCGCCGCCAUCACUCCCUGUACCACCAUCGACUCGCGAAAAACAAAAAAAAAUAGUGUAUCAUCACCCUAGCGCCUGUUGUACGUGUACUAUCAGUAGCGAACGAUUAAG